AUGAAAGGAGGCAGCCCCUUGGCUUUCUGCUCCCUGCAGGGCAGUGUGGGUCCUUACUGGGUCAUCUGGGCACCAGGAGAGGAGCAGCCUAAGAAGUCCCCAAGACAGAUAGCAGUUGCAGGCCUAGGUGCCAGUGUUCGGACAUUCACUCCAUUUUAUUUUCUGGUGGAGCCAGUGGAUACACUCUCGAUUAGAGGCUCUUCUGUUGUAUUAAACUGUUCAGCAUAUUCUGAACCUUCUCCAAAAAUUGAAUGGAAAAAGGAUGGAACUUUUUUAAACUUAAUAUCAGAUGAUCGACGACAGCUUCUCCCAGAUGGAUCUUUAUUUAUUAGCAAUGUGGUGCAUUCCAAACACAAUAAACCUGAUGAAGGUUACUAUCAGUGUGUGGCCACUGUUGAUAGUCUUGGAACUAUUGUUAGUAGAACGGCCAAGCUCACAGUAGCGGGUCUUCCAAGAUUUACCAGCCAGCCAGAACCUUCCUCUGUGUAUGCUGGGAAUAAUGCAGUUCUAAAUUGUGAAGUUAAUGCAGACUUGGUCCCAUUUGUCAGGUGGGAACAGAACAGACAGCCUCUUCUUCUGGAUGAUAGAAUUAUCAAGCUUCCAAGUGGGACACUGGUGAUCAGCAAUACGACUGAAAGAGAUGGGGGAUUGUAUCGCUGCAUAGUUGAAAGUGGUGGGCCUCCAAAGUAUAGUGAUGAAGCUGAAUUGAAGGUUCUUUCAGAUUCAGAGGAAACACCAAACUUAGUAUUUUUGAAACAACCUUCUUCCUUAGUCAGAGUCAUUGGUCAGAGUGCAGUGUUGCCAUGUGUUGCUUCAGGACUUCCUGCUCCAGCCAUUAGAUGGAUGAAAAAUGAGGAGGUGCUCAACAUAGAAAGCUCUGAAAGAUUGGUCUUGCUGGCAGGUGGUAGCCUGGAGAUCAGUGAUAUCAUUGAGGAUGAUGUGGGAACUUAUUUUUGUAUAGCUGAUAAUGGAAAUGAAACAAUUGAAACUCAAGCAGAGCUUACAGUACAAGCUCAGCCUGAAUUCCUGAAACAACCUGCUAAUAUAUAUGCUCAUGAAUCCAUGGAUAUUAUAUUUGAAUGUGAAGUGACUGGGAAGCCAACUCCAACUGUGAAGUGGGUCAAGAAUGGGGAUAUGGUUAUUCCAAGUGAUUACUUUAAGAUUGUAAAGGAACAUAAUCUUCAAGUUUUGGGUCUGGUGAAGUCAGAUGAAGGGUUCUAUCAGUGUAUUGCUGAGAAUGACGUUGGAAAUGUGCAAGCUGGAGCCCAGCUGAUAAUCCUUGAACAUGAUGUUGCCAUCCCAACAUUACCUCCCACUUCACUGACCAGUGCCACUACUGACCAUCUAGCACCAGCCACAGCGGGACCACUGCCUUCAGCACCUCGAGAUGUUGUGGCCUCCCUCGUUUCUACUCGCUUCAUCAAACUGACGUGGCGGACACCUGCAUCUGAUCCUCAUGGGGACAACCUCACCUACUCUGUGUUCUACACCAAGGAAGGCACUGCUAGGGAGCGUGUUGAGAAUACUAGUCGCCCAGGAGAGAUGCAGGUAACCAUUCAAAACCUAAUGCCAGCAACCGUGUACAUCUUCAGAGUUGUGGCUCAAAAUAAGCAUGGCUCCGGAGAGAAUUCUGCUCCAUUACGAGUAGAAACACAGCCUGAGGUUCAGCUCCCUGGCCCUGCACCUAAUAUCCGGGCUUAUGCAACGUCACCUACUUCCAUCACUGUCACAUGGGAAACACCAGUAUCUGGCAAUGGGGAAAUUCAGAAUUACAAAUUGUACUACAUGGAAAAAGGGACUGACAUUGAGCAGGAUGUUGAUGUUUCAAGUCAUUCUUACACCAUGCAUGGUUUGAAAAAAUACACAGAGUAUAGUUUCCGAGUGGUGGCCUACAAUAAACAUGGUCCUGGAGUCUCCACACAGGAUGUUGCUGUUCGCACAUUAUCAGAUGUUCCCAGUGCUGCUCCUCAGAAUCUGUCAUUAGAAGUGAGAAAUUCAAAGAGUAUCAUGAUUCACUGGCAGCCACCUUCUCAAGCCACACAAAAUGGGCCAAUUACUGGCUACAAGAUUCGCUACAGAAAGGCCUCCCGAAAAAGUGAUGUUACUGAGACCUUGGUAACUGGGACACAGCUCUCUCAGCUAAUUGAAGGUCUUGAUCGGGGGACUGAAUAUAAUUUCCGAGUGGCUGCUCUAACAGUCAAUGGUACAGGCCCAGCAACUGACUGGCUGUCUGCUGAAACUUUUGAAAGUGACUUAGAUGAAACUCGUGUACCUGAGGUACCAAGCUCUCUUCAUGUUCGCCCACUUGUCACUAGCAUUGUAGUAAGCUGGACUCCGCCAGAAAAUCAAAACGUUGUGGUGAGAGGUUAUGCCAUUGGUUAUGGCAUUGGUAGUCCUCAUGCUCAGACUAUCAAAGUGGACUAUAAACAACGCUAUUAUACCAUCGAAAAUCUGGAUCCAAGUUCUCACUAUGUGAUAACCCUGAAAGCAUUUAACAAUGUGGGUGAAGGCAUCCCCCUAUAUGAGAGUGCCGUGACCAGGCCACACACAGACACUUCUGAAGUUGAUUUAUUUGUUAUUAAUGCUCCAUACACUCCAGUGCCAGAUCCCACUCCCAUGAUGCCACCAGUGGGAGUUCAGGCUUCCAUUCUGAGUCAUGACACCAUAAGGAUCACAUGGGCAGACAACUCCCUGCCCAAACACCAGAAGAUUACAGACUCCCGGUACUACACAGUCCGAUGGAAAACCAACAUCCCGGCAAACACCAAGUACAAGAAUGCAAAUGCAACAACAUUAAGUUAUUUGGUGACUGGUUUAAAACCAAACACACUCUAUGAAUUCUCUGUGAUGGUGACCAAAGGCCGAAGAUCAAGCACAUGGAGUAUGACAGCACAUGGGACCACCUUUGAAUUGGUUCCUACUUCUCCACCUAAGGAUGUGACAGUUGUAAGUAAAGAGGGAAAACCUAGGACCAUAAUUGUGAAUUGGCAGCCUCCCUCUGAAGCCAAUGGCAAAAUUACAGGCUACAUCAUAUAUUACAGUACAGAUGUGAAUGCAGAGAUACAUGACUGGGUUAUUGAGCCUGUGGUGGGAAACAGACUGACUCACCAGAUUCAAGAGCUAACGCUUGAUACUCCAUAUUACUUCAAAAUCCAGGCCCGGAACUCAAAGGGUAUGGGGCCCAUGUCUGAAGCUGUGCAAUUCAGAACACCUAAAGCGGACUCCUCUGAUAAAAUGCCUAAUGACCAAGCCUCAGGGUCUGCAGGAAAAGGAAGCCGACUGCCAGACCUAGGACAUGACUACAAACCUCCCAUGAGUGGCAGCAACAGCCCCCAUGGGAGCCCCUCUCCUCUAGACAGCAAUAUCCUGCUGGUCAUCAUUGUUUCUGUUGGCGUCAUCACCAUUGUGGUGGUCGUAAUCAUUGCUGUCUUUUGUACCCGGCGUACCACCUCUCACCAGAAAAAGAAACGAGCUGCCUGCAAAUCAGUGAAUGGCUCCCACAAAUAUAAAGGGAACUCCAAAGAUGUCAAACCUCCAGAUCUCUGGAUCCAUCAUGAGAGACUAGAGCUGAAACCCAUUGACAAGUCUCCUGACCCAAACCCCAUUAUGACUGAUACUCCCAUUCCUCGCAACUCUCAAGACAUCACGCCAGUGGACAAUUCCAUGGACAGCAAUAUCCAUCAAAGGCGGAACUCAUACAGAGGACAUGAAUCAGAGGACAGCAUGUCUACACUGGCUGGAAGGCGGGGGAUGAGACCAAAAAUGAUGAUGCCCUUUGACUCUCAGCCACCCCAGCCUGUGAUUAGUGCCCAUCCCAUCCAUUCCCUCGAUAACCCUCACCAUCAUUUCCACUCCAGCAGCCUCGCUUCUCCAGCUCGCAGUCAUCUCUACCACCCGGGCAGCCCAUGGCCCAUUGGCACAUCCAUGUCCCUUUCAGACAGGGCCAAUUCCACAGAAUCCAUUCGAAAUACCCCCAGCACUGACACCAUGCCAGCCUCCUCAUCUCAAACAUGCUGUACUGACCAUCAGGAUCCUGAAGGUGCUACCAGCUCCUCCUACUUGGCCAGCUCCCAAGAGGAAGAUGUGGGCCAGAGUCUUCCCACAGCCCACGUUCGCCCUUCGCACCCAUUAAAGAGCUUCGCGGUGCCAGCAAUCCCGCCCCCCGGACCUCCCACUUAUGAUCCUGCGCUGCCAAGCACACCGUUACUAUCCCAGCAAGCUCUGAACCAUCACCUUCACUCAGUGAAGACAGCCUCCAUCGGGACUUUAGGAAGGAGCCGGCCUCCUAUGCCAGUGGUUGUUCCCAGUGCCCCUGAAGUGCAGGAGACCACGAGGAUGCUGGAAGACUCUGAGAGUAGUUAUGAACCAGAUGAGCUGACCAAAGAGAUGGCCCACCUGGAAGGACUAAUGAAGGACCUAAAUGCCAUCACAACAGCAUGACGACCUUCACCAAGACACAGCUCCAAGCCUGAGUCUACAAGUCUUGGAACUUAGCCUUGAAAGCAAGGAAUUGUACAGAGUAUGAGAGGACAGCAUUUGAGAACACAGUGAGCCAGCAAACCAGCCAGCACCUCUGCGUGAGGCUGACUCCAGGCACAGCCACCUGCCUUCUGGUCAGCCUGGAAGACGCCUGUGUCGAGGCCGCUUCCCUUUGCCUGCUGAUAGCCUGCAGGACUGGGCAUCAUGGGCCAAAAUUCUGUGUCCAGGAAAGAGGCGAGAAGUGCAACCUGCGUUUCACUUUGUUGUCAGGCUGUGUCUUUGUGCUGCGACUGCAUCACCUUUAUGGAGUAUAGACAUUGGCAUUUAUGUACAAUUUUAUUUGUGUCCUAUUUUAUUUUACCCUAAAAAAAAAACAACAAAAAAAAAACUAUCAAAAACCAAGGAAGUCCAUGGUGUUCUCCACAAGUGGUUGACAUUUGGCUGCUUGUUCUAAACGCAUAUGGAAAGUCAUUGACAGUGUGGGUUGUUCCAGAGGUUGGCUUGUUUUUGGUUUUGUUUUUAUGUUUAAUUCUGAGAUGUUGCAUCCUCUACCAGCUGUUAAUCCAUCACUUUGAGGGGGAGGAAAUACUGCGUUGCUGUUUGUAAGCUUUUUUUAUUAUUUUUUUAUUAUAAUUAUUAAAGGCCUGACUUUCUCCUCUCAUCACUGUGAGAUUACAGAUCUAUUUGAAUGAAAUGUAACGUUGAAAAGACUUGUUUGUUGCUUUCUGUGCAGAUUCAGUAUUGGGGUGGGGGUUGGGGGUUGGGAAAAGGAAACGGAGGGGCUGCUGAGGUCCUGUGAAUGUUUCAGUCAUUGUACUUUCUUCCAGAAGCCUGCAGAGAAUGGAAGCAUCUUUAUUGUCCUUUCCUGGCAUGUCCAUCUUAAUUGUCACUGCAUUGUGACUGGAGUUCCGUUUGAGUCUGGUUAAAAAUUCUUCUGUGCAAUAGGUGGGUUUGAGGAUGUAGCCCCCUGAGUCCUGGUCAUAUCCUGAUAGUAAUGUCUGUUCUGAGGACCCUGGGCUGUGUUUCUAGUUGCAGGAGGAUGCUGAGUACAGCACGAGCCUGGCUCUGUUCCUGGAAGUCAGAAAGCACACUCUUCCUUGCUGCUGGCAGUCAUUGCCUUUGGGGAGGUGGGAGAUCCAGUAAGGAGCUUUGUGUCCUCGGGCAGGCUGGCUCUCACUUCCACAUUGCAGAGUCCCGUCAGAAGAAGCAUAUGAAAGAUGAGGCAAGGUGGGGGCUAUAGCACCCAUGAGGCUUCCCCACAUAUUUCUGAACAUAGUUCUUCAAGUGUCAGGGGACAGGCAGCAGAGGGCCUGCAGAGGCAGCUGCCCCUCCCUCCCACAGCUCAGUCAAACCCCAGGUAGAAUGAGGCAGCAAGAAGUUUGAGGUAUGCUGAGGGCUCAGCCACACACAACAAGCCCUUGCCUUUGCAGAGUUCUUGUGGGUUUUUGUUUUGUUCUAUUUUGUUUUGAAAAGGUAAGGAGCUAAGAUGUAUGAUUGUUUUUUUAUUUUUAAUAUUAAGACAAUGUAUUGAAAAAUAAAAGAUUGACCCUCAAGUGUCCUACUCCCCAGGAGACAGUGUGGGGCAGUGAAGAGAUAAAAGGGUCUGGGUUCUUAGCUAACCAGCAGGUGUUCCCACCUACUUGUCCAUGUGUGCCCCCCACUCCUUCGCAGGUCCCCCCGCAGGCUGUGGGCAGGCCAUCGGCCUCUGAACAUGAGUCAUUUGCCCCUCCUUGUGUCUUAGCACACAUUUGCUGUUCUGCAAGAUGGACGCUUGCAUUGACGAUUGGGGGGCAACAAAAAGUGCAGUGUUAGAACUGCUGCCAUGCUAGCCGGUUGCACCAUGGUGCCAGGCAGGGUUCUGGAAACCCUGUGCAUAUCAUCUGAUCCUAAAAAGCAGUCAAAGCAUCUUGGCCAGCAGGAGGGCUAGAAACUGUCUUCCCUUUUGCCCAAAGAACAUGCUCGGUAUUUAGGGCAUUCCUCCGGGAACCCCGACACUUCUGUUACCUCAGGGCCUUGGUACCUGGAUACUGCCGCAGAAUUGGGGUGGGUUAGGGGAGGGACCUAUUUUUAAAUAAAAAGACUAUUCAAAGUUGGGAUUUUUUAAAAAUUAAGAAAAGGGAAAGCUAUUCUGUAUUGCACCUUUUCACAGUUUAAUACAUUUUCCUGUGAUUUUUGAAACUAAACCAUUGUGUGUCGUGUUAUGUCCUAGUUGAGCUGUUGCUCAGCAGCUUCCUUCGGGAAGAUAUGGAACAACUGUGUCUGUUGCCUUGUUGCCUGCUGGAGGGGGCCUGGAGGACUGCUGGGACUGGGUUCUGUACACACUUGUUGGGCCUUUGCUGUAGUUGAUGCUGUAAACUCUAUGGCUUUUUAAAAAUCAUGUUUUUAUUUAGUAUUG